GUUACAUAACAAUCACUAUUAUAAGUCUAAAUAAGCGUAUUAAAACUGCAUUCUUUCUUCCCCACCCGAAUCCCUUUUUCCAAGAUAUAAAUAUUCAAAUAACACCAUUUUACCGCAAUUGUUUCGUUAUUACUCUUAUAUAGAAAAUCUCGCGGUCAUGAAGAUUUCAUUUUUGUUCUGCGCGGCCGUUCUGGGCAUAGUUUUAGGUGAGGAGUCGAAGUACACCACGAAAUAUGACAACGUGGACCUUGAGGAGAUCAUCAAGAGCGACAGGUUAAUGAAGAACUACGUCAAUUGCCUGUUGGAGAAAGGCAAAUGUACCCCCGAUGGUGCCGAGUUGAAAAGGGUUCUUCCGGAUGCCCUUCAUACCGAAUGCUCAAAAUGUAGUGAAACUCAGAAGAAGGGAAGUAGGAAAAUCAUGCGUCACUUGAUCGAUAACAAACCGGAUUGGUGGAAACAGUUGGAGGAAAAAUACGACAAAGAGGGUUCGUACAAGAAGACUUACAGGGAGGAGUUGAAGAAGGACGGAAUUAAUUUGUACCAUAUAGCACAAACACUUGAUGAUGGAGAUAAAUGUUUGGUAUUAUUUCUGGAUCUAGCUAAAGCAUUCGACACGGUGUCGCAUACCAUACUCCUUCAAACAUUGGAGUCAUAUGGGGUGCGUGGCUCUGUGUUGGAUGUCUUUGCCAGCUACCUUUCUGGUCGAACGCAGCAUGUAAAGAUUGGAAGCGUUAUUAGUGAGGCGGAAACUAUAACAUGUGGAGUACCGCAGGGAACCGUCCUGGGUCCAACACUUUUUAAUAUUUAUAUUAAUUCCUUGUGUGAACUAAACAUACUAAACGCAAAAAUUUUUGCAUAUGCAGAUGACACCGCCAUUAUUUUUUGGGGAAACUCGUGGUUUGAUGCUAAAGAAAAACUUAAGGCCGAUUUUGAAGUUAUGAAACAUUCGGCCAUUUUAGUCUUUGUGGGGCUGUGUUGCGUCUGUUAUGGUGGGGCAGUGCCUCAAAAGUACACGACGAAAUACGAUAACGUGGACAUCGACUCGAUUAUAAGGAACGAGAGGCUGCUGAGGAAUUAUAUGGAUUGUAUUAUGGACAGGGGCAGGUGUACCAAGGAGGGAGCCGAGUUAAAAAAAAACAUCCCCGAUGCUUUACAAAACAAUUGCUCAAAAUGUAGCGAGUUCCAAAAGAACGGAACGCGAAAAAUCAUCACUUACAUAGCGAAAAACAAGAAGGAUUGGUUCUUGGAGGUGGAGGCCAAAUCUUUAGCAAUGAAAGGUUUCGUCGUACUCUUAUUGGUCGGUCUCUGCGGGGUUGUUUAUUGUAGACCUGACGAUAAAUACACGACGAAAUACGAUAACGUCGAUCUAGAUGCCAUCGUGAAGAACGACCGAUUGCUGAGGAAUUAUAUCGAUUGCGUCUUGGGCAAGAGGAAAUGCACCAAGGACGGAGAAGAGCUCAAAAAAAAUCUACCGGACGCCUUACAAAAUCAGUGCUCGAAAUGUAGCGAGGCCCAGAAAAACGGCAGCAGGAAGAUCAUCCAUCAUUUGUUAAAGAACAAACGGGAAUGGUGGAACGAGUUGGAGGCCAAAUUUGACCCUCAGGGCAACUAUAAGAAAGCUUACGCCGAGGAACUUAGGAAGGAGGGAAUCGUUUUGUAAAUCCCUUGUAUUUGUUUAAAUACUUACUUAUAUUAUGAGAGCAUUUUAAUAAAUGUUUAAUUGUUA